CCUAAUUUUAUCGAAGCAGCCGCCUCGGUGGACCUACCAUUUGUAGUUUCCCUAUCCUUUCUUCUCUGGACUCCUAUGGCGGAGAGUGGAAAUCAGGUUAACGGUUCUCUGCAACUUCCUGCUGCGUACUGUCUUUAUUGCAGCGACGUGGCGUUCGUAUGUGCCUCAAAAAUGUUAAUUUAACACAGAAAACCGCUUUUCAGGACACAAAUUGGGGGAAUUAAGUAAACCUCUGUACAGGCCAGCAUGAAAGGGGCUAAUCAGAGGGUCGCGAGGACCGUGACUACAAUCCUGCUUUGCAUAGCAGUGGUGGGAGUUGUGUACUUGGCCAUUGAUGAAAACCUCCAGGGUUCCUUCACUCCGAUUCUUGUCAGCGCUUUCUCCAGUAUGCAGACGCUGUUCCGUUCAGAGGUGGACGAUUAUUCAACAGAUCCAGAUAUUCCUUAUAAUUCAUCAGAUCUUACCGACGAGCUAAAAGUAAGCCUUUCAAAAGCGGCGAACCAGGAGAAAACCGUUCUAAUCACGACUCUGAAUGCGGCGUGGGCGCAGAACAAUAGCAUGGUGGAUUUAUUCCUGAAAAGUUUCUACAUCGGUGACGGAACAGAGGCGUUGUUGAAAAAUUUGUUGAUUGUUGCGGUAGAUGAGAAGGCGCUCAAUCGCUGCUGGGAAAUUCAUCCGCAUUGUUAUCUGAUGAAAACAGAGGGAGUCGAUUUUUCGGGAGAAAAGCUUUUCAUGAGUCAAGAUUAUUUGAAAAUGAUGUGGAGAAGGCUUCGUUUCUUCGGACAGGUGUUGGAGCGAGGAUAUAACUUCCUUUUCUCGGAUGCUGAUAUUAUGUGGUUUCGAGAUCCCUUUUCUAAAUUCUCAUCCAAGGCGGACUUCCAAAUAGCAUCAGAUCGUUAUACAGGAAAAUCAACGGAUCUGUACAAUAAGCCCAACGGAGGAUUCAUGUAUGUCCACUCCAAUAAAAAGACAGUCAAUUUUUUCAAGUUUUGGUAUCGAUCCAAGAAAGUUUAUCCCCGUAAAAAUGAGCAAGAAGUGUUGAACAUACUGAAAUGGAAAGAGUUCAGACGCAGGGGACUUAAGGUUGAAUUCCUUGACACUAAAUAUUUUGGCGGGUACUGUCAAAGAACAAAAAAUGUGAACUCGGUUUGUACCAUGCAUGCCAACUGUUGCAAAGGCUUGAAGGCCAAGCUUAUUGAUUUGAGAAAUACUCUCUCCGACUGGGAGAAAUAUAAGCAAAAAAAAAGGCACGGUAAAGGCAAGGAUGUGCGCUGGACAUCUGCAGACGCAUGUCGGCAUUCCUGGCACCGAUGAAACUUUUUCAACACUCUUGUAAUAUUAUUAUUAUCAUUCAAUUUUCCCAAAAUAUGUGCUCCUAAUUCAAAGGAAUUAGGAAAAAUUCUGAAUAAUUCCUGUGUAAUUAGUUUGAAAUUAUCUAAAUUAGAAGAAAAGAAUUAGUGUC